AUGGAUUGGUUGCCAUGCUCUGAUCCCUCGUCAGGGGUUGCUGCCAGUUCUUCCACAUCUUUCUCUGCAUCAUCACCUGCGACUACUGCCACCUCCUCAAGGUUGGUCGACACUCUCGGACCGUCACAACACGAGCAACCAGUUCUAGUUCCCGAAACCUUCAGCGACCCGUUCACCGGCGUGCCCAGUGCACCUUCUGACGUCUCUCGACUCUUCAUGCUAUGCCAGUGCGAGACUCGGCCUUGUCCACUCUCGGUCCCUGGGUCCUUGUUCUUCUUAUACGUCUACGCACCGCUUUGGAAAGAGGAAAGUCGCAAGUACAAAAAACAAAUCCCUCAAGGUGCGCGAAGGUUUGUACUCGACUGUGAGAGCAACCGGAAGCUCGCAACAUACACACGCCUCUACACAGAAUGGUUGUUCAGCGGCGGCGCACCACCUUCGCUCGCCAAACUGCAUCGCAAUGCCGACGGCUCUACCAGUGUCUCUUUUUCAGCCAAGGUCCGAGCUUGCGUCUACGUCCUUAGACUUUAUUCGCAGCGCCGAUACCCCUUGUAUCGCGCCUGCAAUCAGAUCGCCUCAAUUUUUGGUCAGGAGACUAGCUUCCAAGUCAGUCAGGAGUCCUGGCAGAACGUCGUGAUACGCACAGAGCCCCCUGAGAUUCCUAGCGACGUAUGGACUCACGCUUAUCCUACGCCUGCUAUUCCAAGGCCAUCGUCGCCUGUCGACCAAAGAGACUCCACCACUCUCGUUCAGACUCAGCACUUUCGUGGUGCAGCAUCUAUCCAAUCUAGCGAGCCUGACGAUGUUCCCAAUGGAUGGACUCUCUGGACCCCAGUCACAGAACCAACUCUCCAGCGCUUUGCUCGCCACAGAGCCUACUCAUAUCAGAGCAAGCGAGGUUACGAAAUCGUUCAUAGCUCCGUCGCAAUGCCUAUGCAUGAGAUCGGUAUCUAUCGUGCAGCCAACGCCAGGCAGAUGAGCGGCCAAAGUACCAGAUUCUCGAGCCCCGAUGUUCUUGCUGGUGCCGAAGAAGGAUACGAAGUUGAAGCCCGGUCCAAUGCAACUGAUCCUGCUCAGGACCCACGCCAUCAACUCAUCAAGAGGCUCUCUCAGACACCCCAAACCGGUACACCUUCACCUGAAGAUCUCGCUGCAACAAAGCGCGGUAAUGCUCGCUCGCGUCAACCAUCUACUCCUGCUCCGACGAAAGCCAUAACCAGACCGACCAGAAUUCGUCUCAUUGCUCCCCAGAGGCCAUCCACCCCUGAGCAAAUCGCUGCCUUUGAAGAAGCCAUGGAGACCCACUCCCCUACCAACACCUACGAUGAUGCAUUCUCCGAACCACAGGUGCAAGGAACUGGAGAUUCUCCCGAAUCCAGUUCAAGCUCGAGCUCGAGUGAAGCAAGUUACCAGCUAAGCAUGACUAAGAUGUCGAUGGCGAAGGAUAGGUUGAGAGAUGCUGGACUUGGCAUAGAUGGUAUUGGAAUGAAAGACCUGGCUGAGGAGAGAGUUCUUUUCAACCCAAAGGAUUGGGAGUAG